ACGAGGAUCGGAAGAUACUUGGUAGUACUGCUGUCUCCUCACUCACUGUUGUUGCUGACGCUGUCUAAUCUCAGCAGUUUCUCGCUUAUUACCUCGCCGCCUCUCCAAGGCCUGCCACUGGGUGUGACAAAAGGAAAACAGAAUUUCUUUAUCUCUUUGGACACACAAUGUCUGAACGUAAGGUAUUAAACAAGUAUUACCCUCCGGACUUUGAUCCUUCUAAAAUACCCAGGGCUAGAUGUCCCAGGAAUCGACAGUUCACCGUAAGGCUCAUGGUGCCGUGCAACAUCAAGUGCUACACCUGUGGGGAAUACAUUGCUAAGGGAAAAAAGUUUAAUGCACGUAAGGAAGAUGUGGAAAACAUGACCUACCUUGGAGUGAGAAUCUAUCGUUUCUACAUUAAGUGUCCAGGAUGCCUUGCUGAGAUAUCCUUUAGGACUGAUCCAGAGAGCACAGACUACAUCAUUGAAGCAGGCGCUCACCGUAACUUCCAGGCCCUGAAACUUGCAGAGGAGCAGGCAGCGAGGGAGGAGCGCGAGGCUAAGGAAGAAAUUGAAUCAAACCCAAUGUUGUUAUUGGAGAACAGAACCCGUCAAUCUCAAUAUGAAAUGGAAGUUUUGGAGUCUUUAGAGGACCUGCGGGAAAUGAACGAUCGUCAUGCUGGAAUUGAUCCUGGAAAGAUUGCUGAAAGGUUUGAGACAGAACGGAAAAUUUCACAGGAUCAACUUGAUGAACUUGAGAGGUUGGCUGCACUGAAAGCUCUUGGAUAUGAAAUGGUUGAAGGUGAGAUGGUAAAGAGAAUUGCUCCUGAACAACUUGAUGAAAGCCCUGUCAAGAAGAAAUUGAAGACAGAUCAAGAAGUAGGUCCAGAUAACCGUGGAAUGAGUACUGACCAGAAAAGUGCAUCAAACAUGAAAUCUCGUCUAGCAAGCAUGAUAAAAGCAAGACCCCGAGCACCUAACUUAGAGUUGAAAGAUGUGAAGCCUCCAGAAUCAAAAUUAGAUUUAAAAGAUGUGAAGCCGCAAGAAUCAAUAUCAGACAUGAUUGACAUGAGACCUGGUACAGCAAGCAGUGUGCUCAGUGUAGUGAAUGACAAGAUGUCACAAGCAACAGUGCCACUUUCAAAUGGACUGUUAUUCCUAGGUGCAUACUCAGACUCAGAAUCAGAUGACAGUACAUAACUCACAUUGCAUUACAUAUUCUUCAUACACAGCUGCAUUAUGUGAACAUAUGGAAGUGUAUCAAAUUUUCAUACACUGGUAAACUUAUAAAAAGUAAAGACUACCUCUGUAUUAUCAUUGAAUUUGAAGUGUUUAUUCAUGACUGAAACAAAGCUCCUAGAUUAAAUGAAUUAUAAACACCAAUCCCCCAAUCCAAAACCUGUCACUUAUUGUAGUUGUAUUAACGUCAGUGUAUUGCUGAAAGAAAUAUUGGUAAUGGUCUUGCAACAAAUAGUACUACAUUUUUCUUUAGAUUCACAGAGAAUUGUGCACAACAAAAGAAUGCUAGACUUAACAUGAAAAUUAUACAUAGAUGUGCUUGUGAAAGUGAGUGUAUGUGAAGAUAUACCAGAUUGUCAGUUUAUAUUAUAUAAUAUAAUAUAAUAUACAAUAUAAGUGAAGAACAUUCAAAGUAUUUCUAUAAUUUAUUUUGUAACUACUGUAAUUUGAAAUUAUUGAUUUACUUAUACUAUAUAUGUUCUUAUGGGUUUCAAUUAGUUUCCAAAGGUAUAAACUCGUAUUUCAAAUUAAAUUACGUACCUGUGUAACUGUCUUGAAAAAAAAUAUGUACAGUGUGUAAGUGAUGACUAACCUUUAUAUAAAUCAUUUGGAUAUAAGACUAAAUUAAUAUUGGAAAAUGUUUCGUGGUUGUAUUCAUCAUAAUUUCAUAUCUCGAGUAUAUCACCUUUCCUACGUAGAAUAUUGUAUACAUGCUACUAGUGUAAUUUAUUUAUAACUUUGCAAAUUGAUUGUUGGAUUCUGGCUUGAAUGGAAUGAUAUGAGUAUUUAAUUUUGUUUAAUGUAUUAUUUAUUUUAUUUUAUUUUAUUUUAUUUUAUUUUAUUUUAUUUUAUUUUAUUUUAUUUCUACAUCUCAGUAGUUUAUUUGAUACCAGUAAUAAACUGUACUUUGUCAUUAUGAAGGAAGAAGGAAUGAAGGAAGAAUUGAC